ACAUGGGGUUCACUCUUCAUGUUGCCAGAGCAGUGCCACAUAUGAACAAAUCUAAAUAGCUGAUAUAUUGGUAAUUGUGCAUAAACCAAGGUACCUGUAAUAAUCAAAAAGAAGCCCAGAAGAGAGAAUUAAAGAAGAACAAAAAAUGGUGCAUGAUGGUACGGGCUGCAGUUUUAAGGAUGAAGGAUCCCAAACAGAUUAUUCGGGACAUGGAGAAAUUGGAUGAAAUGGAGCUUAACCCAGUGCAGCAAACAGUUGAAUGAGAAGGUGCUGAAGAUAAGCGUAAAAAGCUGCGUGAAAACUUUUAACGUAUUCUACAACUCUGUGGAAGAGAAUAUGGAUAUUUACAAAGAAUUGAGAAAGCUAGAAGUAGAGUAUGAACAGAAGAGAGCUCAACCUAGCUAAUAUUUUGAUGCUGUCAAGAAUGCUCAGCAUGUGGAAGUGGAGAGCAUUCCCUUGCCAGAUAUGCCACAUGCUCCUUCCAACAUUCUGAUCCAGGACAUUCCACUUCCUGGUGCCCAGCCACGCUCCAUCCUUAAAAAGUCCUCGCCUAUGACCUUCAACGCAGGUAGUUUCUAUACUUCCUCUUCUUGGACAUGGUGUUCCACAUUUGCCCCCUGGCAGAAAACCUCCUGGUCCUCCCCCUGGUCCACCACCUCCUCAAGUCUUGCAAAUGUAUGGCUGUAAAGUAGGCUUUGCUCUAGAUCUUUCCCCCUCAUAGGUGGGAUGAAGACAUUUUAUAUAGUCCUGAACUUGCUCAACGGGGUCAUGAUGAUGAUGUUUCCAGCACCAGUGAAGAUGAUGGUAUUCUGAGGACAUGGAUCAAGAUAAGCAUGAUGACAGUACUGAUGACAGCGACACUGAUGGGUCAGAUGGAGAAAGUGAAGGGGCUGAAUUUGUGCACUGUGAUGAUAAUGAAAGAGACAACAAUGAAGAAAAAAAGUCAGGUCUGAGUGUAAGAUUUGCACAUAUGCCUGGAAAAUCAAGGAAGAAAAAGAACAUGAAGGAGCUGACUCCUCUUCAAGCCAUGAUGCUUCAAAUGGCAGGUCAGGAAGUCCCAGAGGAGGGACGAGCAGUAGAAGAAAUUUCAGAGGAUGAUGAUGAAGGCGAUUCUGAUGAUUCUGAAGCGGAAAAGCAGUCACAAAAACAGCAUAAAGAGGAAUCUCUCUUUCUGAUGGCAUAUUUCCCGCCUCUUCAUAGUAGCAAGCUCCCACACAGUCUGUUCCUCCUUCUCAGAUACAAGCACCUCCCAUGUCAGGACCACCUCCUUUUGGACCACCACCUGCUCCACCUUUACAGUCACCUGGACCACCUGCUUGGCCUUCCUUCUGGACCACUUCCAGGAGCUCCUCCGUUCCUGAGACCAUCUGGAAUGCCAGGGCUCCAAGGGCCUUUACCUCGACUUUUACCCCCAGGCCCACCACCAGGCUGGCCCCCUGGCCCUCCCUCAGGUCCACUUCCAGGUCUGCCUCCUGGCCCUCCUCUUCAGGGACCCCCACCAAGGCUACCUCUCCCUGCACCUCCAAGUAUUCCUCCACCCCGUCCUGGCAUGAUGUGCUCACCUUUGGUGCCUGUACUUGGACCUGCCCCACCUGGGCUUUUCCCACCAGCUCCCUUGCUGAACCCGGGGGUUUUAAGUGCUCCACCCAACUUGAUUCAGCAACCCAAGGCGGAUGAUACAAGCGCAGCCACCAUUGAGAAGAAAGCCACAGCAUCCAUCAGUGCCAAGCCACGGAUCACCAAUCCCUAGGCGGAGAUUACUUGAUUUGUGCCUACUGCAAUGAGGGUACAUUAAGAGAACAAAGGGACCGCUGCUGCUCCCCAGAGAAAGUCAGAGGAUGAUUCUGCUGUCCCUCUUGCCAAAGCAGCCCCCAAAUCUGGUCCAUCUGUUCCCAUUUCAGGGCAAACUAAGGAUGAUGUUUAUGAAGCUUUCAUGAAAGAAAUGGAAGGGCUACU